GAAAUAUGAACUUGCUGUAUUACCCCAAUGAUAUCGUCAAGAAGGCACUGGAAAGUUACCAAGUUGAUAAUUACGAUAGUGAUGAUGACCUUUAUGAUGAGGAAGAAGACCAGCCGUCCAACCUACCUGUGUAUAUCAAUUCUCACUCCAUCUCACGGCUGCAUAAAAACUUAAGGUUUUAUGUAGUCAUUGAUGGACUACCCAACCAAAGAAUACCGAUAAGUCUCGAUGGAGAGGAAGAUAUGAAAACUUUUCAGAGCCAAGUCUCUGAAAUGCUCCAAUUCAAGCUUGACUUCCUCAAUGGGAUUACUAUUACUUCCCUCGACACUCAUGAGGAGCUUCCUGAAGAGGGUCCAAUAAAGGAUGCUAUAGCUGAAAAUGAUAUUCUGCACUGAUCUAUGCAGACAAAGGACAUAUGGGUGAAAUGUAUUAUUAUCAUGGCUAUUACCAAUCCCCAGGGGGAUAAGCACACCCAGACUAAGCGAGUUCGAACUGAGAUGAGCAUAAAGCUGAAUCUGAAGCAUUAUUUAGAAGAAUUUAAGGAUAUUAUCCAAAAACUGACUUAUUGCGUUUGGAAUAAAUUCUGAUACGAAGAGUUUCACAAGAACAACUUCUAUGUCCUGACGGACAUAGAUUAUGAGCUUAGUCAGGAAGGGCUGGAUUUUCUAUGGAAACGUCAGCAAAUGCGGAUAGAAAAGAAAUUUGACGCCUUUCCUUCCUCUAUAGGCUCAGAAGAAGGGAAUGUUGCUCAAUCUAUUAAGAAAGCCAGACGGAAGAAGAAAAAGAAAGAUGCAAGAAGUAUCUCCGUUGGUGAUGACCAAGAUCCAUCACAAAAGUUGAAGCGUAAUAUUAUUUACCAGUUCUAUAACAGCGAAGGCGUCGUUGGAGACUUCUUUGGGUUUCCUCUUGAGACAGAAUAUCUUCAGGAGCCUCCUAAUACCAAGAAGAAGAAAGAUAAAAAAGGGAAGGAAAUGGCCCCUCCUCCAAGCUUUGAGGAGAAGAAUGCCCUUGUCAAUAUGUUCUUAGUCAAAUGCACGUUUGAGCCGAUUGAAGAAGUCUUCCAAGAUUUCCUUAAUAUCGGGAUCAACCAGAAAUAAGAAGUGUACCACAUACUUAGGGUAUUUGAUUAAGCGUUCUCCUGAUAUAUUGGAUUCUGUCAAGAGGAGCAUGGGCCAUCAUUUGCCUAAAAACAGCAAAUUUAAAUACUGCAAAGAUGUCCAUGUUGACAUGGAAUUUACGCAUGGCGAUAAGGAAGAAGAGCUGAAAUUAUCCAAAUCGUACAGUAAACUACAAAAGGAUUUCCAGGAGCAUGCUGAUAAUCAGGACAGGACUCUGGACCUACAUUUCAGGAUGUUUGGGAAUAUCUUAGUCAAGUAUGAGAAACAUAAAGAAAGUAUCCUGAAGAAAAACACAAAGCAUUAUGACUAUGAACAUGAAUUGAUUGAAAAAUUACAGAACCAGAAAGAGGUUCAUAAAGACUACAUGCUCAAAGACACAAUUAUUGAGGAAGACAAGAGACCCUCUGACUCACAUGAAGAGAGAUUCCAAAGACUCAAUGAAAUCAUGAAAAUGAAGGAUAGUGAUUCUGAGAGUAUAGAUGGGCAUGAUGAAGACGAACCUACAAUUGAAUUUUACCCAGGAGAGCAUGAAUUUAAAAAGUCUAUUAUGGAUCACCAGAAAAGAGAUCUCGAUUCCUUAUAUAUCUCAUCCUCUCAUAGCAGUUUUGUUGGGUCUCAAGGGAGUCACGAAUUCCGAAAUUCCCUUUUGUUAAACUCUAAGGUACCUCUUUCUGGUGCUCCAACAAUGCUGUAUCGGGAUAAUGACGAUAUUGACAAUCUGUCAGCAACCUUUGAUGAAAUCAGAACUCAGAGAAAUUCUCUCUGAAUGGGAUAUCUAAGAAAGGAAAAUGAAAGCGAAGUCAAAAUGAAGCGGCUGAUCCACACUCUUGCUGAGCGAGCUAUUACAUGAUGCUACCCAGGAAGUAUUUCCUCAGAUUAUCCCCUCUCAAUCCAAUUCAGAAGUAACGGUAGUCAGAUGUUGGUGGAUCAUACCAGUUGAGAACUAGUGGUAGAUUUCCUAAACUUGAUUGCAAAGAAGACUCCGUCAUUAGAAAUCCACCAGAUGAACUUUGCUCAUCUCCCUGAGAUCAAGGAUUUUAAGUACAAAGUAUUCCGAGAGCAGGGAGCUCCCGAUCAGUCAUAGUGCAAACCUGACGAAGAAGUGCCAUUUUCACAAAAAGAUAGAUUUAUGAUAUUUUCG